CCCACCGUUCCCGUUGUCACGUCAAAGUGAAGUGAGGUUAGAAGGACUCGAGUUGCCUGGAAACGGUGGUGUGGUGACUUCAACAAUACAACAGCUGACUUAGUAAAGUUGUGACUGUGAGUGUGCGUGUGUGACUACGGAAACUAUAUUGUUGCCUUUGGAUAGCAUUGCUGAAAUGCAGCGGUGGACGGUGGUGUGGUGUCUGUGCCUGGCAGGGGCGAGACUAGCGGGGGGGUUCUCUGGGGGGGCUCCCUCCUCUACAUGUGAAGAAAUGGUGCCCAAACACCGCAACACAGCUGCACAGAACAGUCAGUCCAUGUACACUGUAGCCUCCUCCCACCCCCACACCCAGGACGGUAAGGUACGUGUGAUGAUAUCAGCUCCGGAGGGUGCUGCAGGUGCUGCACCAGGCUUUGCAGGGUUCUUGGUGGAAGCCCGGAGCCCUCAGGAGACAGCUGCCCUCGGAACCUUCACCAGUGUUCCCGAGGAGGCCCAGACUAUUGACUGUGCCCCAGGACAGAGCAAUGCUGCAACUCACCGCAGUGGACUGCUGAAGCAGGCUGUGGAGUUGGAGUGGGAGGCACCUCCUGACUGGGAGGGUGACAUCAACUUCGUAGCAACAGUAGUGAGCAAUUACACCACAUACUGGGUAGGUGUCAAGUCAGAACCUGUCAGAGUUAUCAGGCGUCAGGUGGAGGGGGGUCCGCCUGGAGGCAUCUCCACUACCAAGGCUCCAGCUACUGUUACUGUUGAGGACAUCCUGUCAUCAGAGAUGCAGCUUUACGCCGGAUGUGGCAGCAGCAAGAGCUGUGUGGGCUCACCUCUCGGUUGUAUCGAGACCAAAUCAUGUGACGCUGUUGUUGCGGUAACCAGUAGCAGCAGUGGUGGUGGCUACACGAUAGACAUGGUCGGCAAGCAGGUCAAAUACGUAGCAGUCGGUUUCUCCGACGACACUGUCAUGGGUAGUGAUCAUGUUAUCGAGUGUGUACAUGAAGACAAUGAUGCGGAGAACGGAGUGAAAGCUUACCGAUCUUGGAACCUUCCCGGAACUAAGAGCAACAGAAGAGAAGAAAGGCAGAGUGGGUUCUCUCUAAUGCGAGGGGUUUAUCUCGACGGUACAGUUUACUGUAGAGUCCAUCACGAAGCCGUUGUCACUGUUCAAGACAAGACCUUCAACCUGGACAAGACACCCUACAACCUCCUCUUGGCUGCUGGCUCUGAACUCAAAGCUAAUAGUGUCGGAUUCCACAACAAAGCCUACGUAAGCUCGGCAGAUAAGCAGCUGAUGUCAGACUUCCGAGUGAUAACGCCCCCUGAUCCAUUCUACGACGGCUGUAACGAAAUCAAGACCUGCUUCGGUGCGCCAGGUGACUGUGUGGCCUCCCGGGACUGUCUCGCCGUAGCCUCGGUGUUGACUCAGGGCCUAAGGUACCAGUUCGAGAUGAAGGCGAAGGCUGCCGGUUACGUGGCCCUAGGACUGUCAGAUGACAGGUUCAUGGGCAGUGACAGUGUGGUCGAGUGUGUCCACGAUCCUAGCUCAGUGUCAGGACCUAUCAAGGCUUACAUGAGCUGGAAUGUGCCCCUCCCUAACAAAGGCAACAUUAGGAAAUCUGUACCUCAGGAAGGCAUGACUCUACUCAAUGGCUCUUACACGGACGGAACCAUCUACUGCCGCCUCAGCAGAGACCUGGUCACCACAGUCGAGGGCACCACCUUCAACCUGGCCCAGGAUCAGUACUAUCUCCUUCUCGCUGCCGGUAGUUCACUCAAAUCGGAGUCGGUGGGAUUCCACGAUGUCAUUUACGUGGCCAGCGGACAGAAGGCGGCACUGACCGAUGUGGGGGGUUUCACGGAAGCCAGCCGACUGUUGCUGAAACUCCACGGCGCGCUGAUGGUGGCCGCAUGGAUCGGUGCAGCCAGUCUGGGCAUCGUGAUGGCUCGCUACUACAGACAGACAUGGGUCACAAGUUCCUUCUGUGGGAAGGACAUUUGGUUUGCGUGGCACAGGUUUCUGAUGCUGAUGGUUUGGCUGCUCACGCUGACUGGAGCUGUGCUGAUAGUGGUGGAGGUCGGGGGAUGGGUGUCCGAGGCGAGCGUGGUCCAUGCACUGCUCGGCUCAGCCACCACACUGCUAUGCUUCAUCCAGCCGUUCAUGGCUCUCAUCCGACCACACCCAGGAGCCAGUGGGCGGCAACUCUUCAACUGGGCGCAUUGGUUCGUCGGCAACACAGCACACAUUCUCGCCAUUGUGACAAUAUUCCUGGCGGUGCAGCUGAAUAAAGCAGAGCUGCCACAGUGGAUGGACUGGGUGUUGGUUGGAUACGUGGCAUUCUACGUCAUCGUCCACCUCAUCUUGUCUAUGUGUGGGUGCGUCAGUGAGCGAGCGGGGAGCAAGCGCAUCAACACGUUCCCUAUGAAGGACAUGAACUCUGGGAGAGUACCACUCUCCAUGGACAGGAAACAGGAUGCUCCUCACGCUGGGCUCCGCAAGUGUUUGCUGGUCAUCCUGGUGCUGGGAGUGGUGGCUAUCGCCACGUUUCUUAUCCUGCUUGUGGUAUUCGCACCUUUCGAGCGGAGCUGGGCUCAGUUCCAGGAGUCGCUGAAGUCCAUGUGAGCGUGCAGCCCCACUCCAGCACAUGUGAUAGCUACAGUACUUGUGUCAGAAGCUUGUAAAACCAAAUCAAGGGUAUCGAACACUGAUACAUGAGUGUAUUGCAGUUUUAAAACAUCCACUGGAUUAUUAAUCUUUAUAACAAAAUUAUUAUUAUUUGUUAUAUCUUUUAUAAAGUCUGGACCUUGGUAUCUCUAAAAUUUUCUUUUAUACUGUUAAGUUUAACCUUUUUUUGUAAUAUCACUAAAGAACAUUCUUCUAAAGGAACCCAAAAAAAUUAUAUUUUUGUAUAAGUCAUUUGUUGUAUGUUGCAUACGUUUUCCAAUUUUUACAAAAUUUUAAAACGUAUCUUAUAUUAAAUAUAGACAACUAUAUCACAUCAAUUCUAUGAUAAUGGUUUGACAAGGACACGCCAAAACUACAAGUAUAAACUUUUUGUACGUUUAUUUUUCAAGUUACGUCCAUACACUUCAUCUUUGGUUGGUCCAUUUUGAGGAUCGUUUCCAAGACGAUGGAGUUUGCCAUGUAAGAGAUUAUUUUUUGGAAUAACGCAUACGUUUAUUUUCCUCGUUUGUAUGACAUUUCUCUCGCCCAGCCUUUUUCAUGUUGUGAACAGGUACUAAUUCAAGAAAGAUAAAUGUGGAGAGUAAGGGAAUUUUGGAAUGAGAAAGAAGCUAAAUCAAUCAAUUUUGCGAUCACACUUCCAAAAGAAUUACAAAAUUUGAAAAUGUAUCUUAAUAUGUUCACAACGACGGCUUUUUCUGAACUUGUUUUAUUUGUUGUCGAAUUUUUUAAUAAUAAUGCCAAAAAACCAUAAUCGGGUUUUAUACGUCAAAUGUCUAAGUAUGACAAGAAAGUUAUGUAAGUUUCGCAAUUUUGACCAAAAACAAUUAUUUCAUUAUGUUUGUAAUUUUUCUCUGUGUACCCCAAGAGGAACCUAAAAUAAUUAAUUUACCUUCAAAAUUAAGCAAUUUUGCGCCCUACGGGGUACACGAUAGUCUUCACUGGAAACAACAGCUUAUGAACUAGACUAAUGUUCGGUACAGACUACAAGAAAUCCAAAGACCACAAAGCAUUAAAAAACUCACAGACUUUCUAACGGUAUAAAUUAUAAUGUGAUUUGACCCGUAUUAUGUCGGAAAAAUGAAUGUAGAGAUGAAUGUUAUCGUUAAGGUUUUUGAUGAUGACGUUUAGUGAAAGUCCGAGUCGUCAAAAGCAUUUAUGAAGGACGCUUGGAGGGUUUACAGAUAAGACAAAUUUUCACUUCAAGAUAUUUUUGAUAAAUCCUCAGGAGGCUUCCAGCACAAACUAUGAUUUGGCUUGUACAGACUUGGCAUUAUAAAAGACUGGCUCAUAUGACGUGUAAAGCAUCUUCUGAAGAUAUGUCUUUUUUUAGCGAGAUUUCAGUGUAUGAGAUGUGCUAAGCUGUAUAUCGUCUUAUUUAGACUAAUGUAAGUUAUAGAAGAGAUUAAGUUAGUUUGCUUUCAAUAUUAUUAAACUAAAUGUGCUUUGGAAUCAAAAUACUAACCAACAAAUAAUAAUAUCCUUUGUGUCUUCUGAAAGUAUCACUUUAGAUUAGAAUAAAGUAUUACCUAUCAUCGUUUUAUUAAGGUAGGAGAUUUUUCCAAAAUUAAUAAUUUUAGUUCACUGGAAUAGUACUUUUAGUCUUCUGUAUAUAUGUGUGUAAAUAAAGUGGUUUCCUAAGGUUUCUGACAGAAUGUACUUAAAUAGAAAUAUAUAAUUAGGUAUUAAUACAAUUUAAGACAUUAAAUGUAAAAUACUUCAACUGUAUUUAGCUAAUGUUAAUGUUCAACAAUACUGAUUUGUCAACUUUGUAAUAGCUUAAUAACCCUGGAUCUGGUAAUUUGAAAACACAACAAAACCAAAAUAAGAAUUUGUAAAUUUAGUAUAUUUACACAGAUUAUUAUUUAACCCAAGAACUGGCAACUAAAUUACCUCCAAUGGCUGGCCACUUUUCCAGACUUUGCAAGGAUAUUUUAUAAAAACAUACAAAAAUUUAUUUCAUUGUGCAUUGUUAUAUAUCAUGUUUUUCAUAAAAUUCUGCAUUUUUUUAUAAGGAAAAGUUUAUUGUUAUUGAAUUUUGUACAUAUUUUUUAAUAAGGACACCAUACCUAAAUAAGUGGUAUAAUUUCUAAAUCAAAAUUCAAAAAUAUACACAAAUUAUUCAUACAUUUCCCUACUUUUAGUAAAUAUAUAGUUUUAUGGACUUUCAGAAGGUUUCAAUUUUAUAUUGAUAAAACUUGCAACAGGACAUUUUUAUGAAAAUUUACAUUACCCUGGUAACAUAUUAAAUAGAAACAUUAGUAUUUUUUUGAUAAACCUGGAAAUAUUGUGAGUAAUAUAAUAUAUGACUCUUAUAAGUUGUUUCUAAUGUAAAUAUAUGAUUUAUUUAAAUGAAUAGUGAAGAGUUGUAUACUAGUGAGAUUGUGUUUUAAAAUAUCAGGUCCAGUGUUAAAAAAGUCUGUUACAAAACAUUAAUUUGUAAUCCAAGUUCUCGUUUAGAGCGUAAUGUUCUAAUUAUAACAAUUACGCACAGUGCAAUAUUUCUUGGGUAUUCAUUAUUUUUUAUGAAAAUGAACUAACAUAUUGCUAUUGAAAACCUUUGUCUAUGUAAAGUAAUAAUGGUUUUGUUUAUAUUUCUUUAAACAGCACAUUUUAUAUGGUUUAUGUUGUAUAUAAAAUUGUAUUGAGUAAUUGUAUUGUUAAACAGUGUAAGCUAUUAUAAUUAUUAGGAAUGAACUAAUACAUUUGUAAAUUGCUAGUUUACAUUUUGGAAAAUAAGCGUUUUGUCAAUUGAGUUGUAAAAUUGACAAAGAUUAAUUCCGUAAAAUACGUGAAAAUGAAAUAUUUAGAGAAUAAUCUGAACUGUUAUUAUAAUAGAUUAAUAAGGGAAAUUACAGUUAUAAAUGUAAUUGGCGUUUUAUAACAAAUUGAGUGAGACCUUCCAUUAAAUUUAUUUUCAUGUUCACGUCCUUUAAAUACACUAAUGAAGUUCAUAGUUUGUUAGCCUUUUUUCAGCUCACCGGAUCUAAGUCGCAAUCAUCUGUACAAUGUGACGCCAAAGACUACAUCAAUGGUGCAUUAUUAGGUUAUGUUACGCUGACAAUUAGAUGUUACUGGGUUGUAAACCGUUGUAAAAUAUUAGGCGAUAGACACAUAGAGUAAUUACUUCUAGCUAAUUAAUGUGUUCAGUGUAAUUCAGAUUUUAUUACAUGGCCAAUCAAUUUUUAUAAAA